AUGGAGUUGAGUCACUUAGCACUUGUUUGCGCUGCGAUUGCAUUCUCAAGCAUCUUUGUCGUUAGUCAAGCUGGAAUCACCAGUACUCAUGCCCGAGUAUCAGAACCUUCUGAAGAAAUGUCACUAGAAACAUUUCCUCCUCCUGCCGGUUAUAACGCUCCUGAACAAGUUCACAUAACACAAGGAGAUAAUGCGGGUCGAGCUAUGAUCAUUUCGUGGGUAAUGCCAUUAAAUGAGGAUGGUUCUAACGUCGUUACAUAUUGGAUCGCCAGUAGUGAUGGUAGUGAUAAUAAAAAUGCUAUAGCGACAACUUCGUCCUAUAGAUACUUCAAUUACACAUCUGGUUAUCUUCACCACGCCACCAUAAAAAAACUUGAGUAUGACCCCUCCAAAAGUCGGUCCAGAUGUUCCCUACACAUUCGGUAUUAUAGUGAUCUUGGACAAACUUAUGCCUCUAACCAGACAUUGUACAACUACAUGUCGAAUCCAAAAGGCCAAGCAGUGCUUUUUGUCGGAGAUUUGUCCUAUGCUGAUGACCAUCCCAACCACGACCAAAGAAAAUGGGAUUCAUACGGCCGCUUUGUGGAACCAAGCGCCGCGUAUCAGCCUUGGAGUUGGGCUGCAGGGAACUACGAGAUAGAUUACGCCCAGAGCAUAAGCGAGACUCAACCCUUUAAGCCAUACAAGAAUCGUUACCACGUUCCUUACAAAGCCUCCCAAAGUACAUCUCCACUUUGGUACUCAAUCAAACGAGCCUCGACUUACAUCAUCGUACUCUCUUCUUACUCAGCUUAUGACAAGUACACACCGCAGAACUCGUGGCUCCAAGAUGAGCUCAAGAAAGUUAACCGAUCAGAGACUUCAUGGCUGAUUGUUCUGGUUCACGCUCCAUGGUACAACAGCAAUAAUUAUCACUAUAUGGAAGGUGAGAGCAUGAGAGUUACGUUCGAGCCAUGGUUCGUCGAAAACAAAGUCGAUAUCGUCUUUGCUGGUCAUGUUCAUGCCUACGAGCGAUCAAAGCGCAUAUCCAACAUUCAUUACAAUAUCACUGAUGGAAUGAGUACUCCGGUGAAAGAUCAAAAUGCUCCGAUUUACAUUACCAUUGGAGAUGGAGGCAACAUAGAAGGAAUCGCUAACAGUUUCACCGAUCCCCAACCAAGUUACUCGGCGUUUAGGGAGGCAAGUUUUGGACACGCCCUUUUGGAAAUAAAGAACAGGACUCAUGCACAUUACACUUGGCAUAGGAAUAAAGAAGACGAGGCUGUUAUUGCAGAUUCUAUUUGGUUGAAGAAAAGAUACUACUUGCCGGAGGAGGAGACUGCUUAG